CAAUCGUGACCCGCCUCUCGCACUCGCCGUAGGCCCAAGCCUUUCGCGGUUCUCACGCGGCGCUUUCGUCCCUCGGCGGCGGCGUCGUUCCGAUUUAAACUUCAACGCCGCUCGCAUUCGGCGUCGGGCGUCAGCUCCUCGCCGCGAUCCUCCUAGCGUCGCUGGGGCUCCCGCGUGGGGGGCCACAGAGGUUUGCGAUGAUCGAACAGAAGCGCAAGGCGCAGGACAUGGCGCUCGUGUCGGUGGCGAAGCGCGCGCGGGGAGACGCGGCGAAGGGGCCAGCCCCGGGGCAGGGGCAGCAGCUGCUGGCCGUGGGCCCUCCCAGGUCCUCGAGUCUGCUGGCGCCAAUCAUGCUGCUCACCGGGCACGAGGGCGAGGUCUACUGCUGCAAAUUCCACCCCAAUGGGAACACCCUCGCCUCUGCCGGCUUCGACAGGACCAUUCUCAUGUGGAACGUGUAUGGAGACUGUGACAACUACGCCCACCUUAAGGGACACACUGGAGCGAUCCUGGAUAUACACUACAGCACGGACGGCAGCACCAUCUUCACGUCGUCGACGGACAAGACGGUCGGGCUGUGGGACAGCGAGACGGGCGAGCGCAUCAAGAGGCUCAAGGGCCACACUUCGUUUGUGAACGCGUGCUUCCCGGCGCGCCGUGGGCCCCAGAUGGUCUGCACAGCCAGCGACGACGGCACAGUAAAGCUGUGGGAUACACGGAAGAAGGGGUCAGUUCACUCGUUCCAGAACACGUACCAGUGCCUCUCUGUCACGUUCAACGACACCAGCGACCAAAUCCUCUCCGGCGGCAUUGACAAUGUCAUCAAGGUGUGGGACCUGCGUCAAAACAAGCUGAUCUACACGAUGAAGGGGCACAACGACUCCGUGACUGGACUGAGCUUGAGCCCUGACGGCUCCUACCUCCUCUCCAAUGCCAUGGACAACUCGGUGAGGAUUUGGGACAUACGACCCUUUGCCCCCAUGGAGCGGUGCGUGAAGAUUUUUCAAGGCAACGUGCACAACUUUGAGAAGAACCUGCUGAAGUGUUCUUGGUCCCACGAUGGCAGUAAAGUGUCUGCGGGUUCUGCAGACAGGUUCGUGUACAUUUGGGACACGACGUCACGCCGCAUCCUCUACAAGCUGCCCGGACACGCCGGUUCUGUCAACGACGUCGCUUUCCACCCCGAGGAGCCCAUCGUUCUGUCGUGCGCCAAUGACAAGCGUCUCUACCUUGGAGAAAUCCAGUGACGGCUGUGGCUGGGCAAGAACCCCUUCCCCAAAGAUUCCUUGCAGGAUGAGUUGAACUCCCGUUUGAUAGAUAAAACGACCUUUCCAGGUGUGCUGGUGUUUCACUCAGGUGUGGCGAGAAUGCCCGCGUACACCGGUAAACAUCCUCCCUUGCAUUGAGCAGGCUACUCAUGUUCUACAAUUGCACACAUUUCUAGCCGCGUGACAGAGGGCUCAAUCCUGAGUGUCAGUUUCUUGUCAACAACUUGAGCGACGUUCCCCCUUGGUUUUACUUUGGCAUCCAUUACAAACCAACAACUGAGGUUGCCAUAAGAUGGCGAUUCUCCGAUCUGUUGUACGACAUUUGUGGGAAUCUCAUACCGCGAAUAUCGUCCCUUCGUGAAAUUUAAUAUCGUUUUGCGUCGGGAAAAAUUACAUCGCGGCAACCCGAUCAAGAACUAAGGAAAACUCACUUUAGUUUUAUUUGUUUUGCGAUGUGGUGCUGUAUACAACGUUGAAUUCCAGUGAGUGGCGCGGGAUUUGUAAGAUUGUAAACCUAUUUUUUAAAUAAACAAUGUCCUUUUAUACCAAAUGUUGUGCACGUGAACAACACACAUCGAAGGCAGAGGGAGUAUCGUCGCGGCCGCAUUCCGUGGGGAACCGGAAACUGAGCGGCGCUCGUGUUUCCGUUGCCCGCUUUGUCGUUGCAUCGGCGCACGCAGUUAACUCUCGAUUAUCCACGGGUGGACUCUCCGGGUCGCGGAUUGACUGCGCUCGGGUAAAAAACAAAGUCUCGUCAAACGCGAGCAGCGACGCGCUUCACUCGUCGCGGCUCCGAGUGCGGCCACCUCCUCACCGUCGACUCGUCGGCGAAUGCAAGCGAUUGCUUUCAGAUUCGAUCAAUUCAGUCGGCGUUUUUAACGUCCCGUUUCACGCACGUAAACAGCACCUUCUUACAGCCUAAAUUUCGUGAUUUACGUUCGUGUUUAAGUUUUUUAACUGGCCCACUCCUCUUCCCCACCCCCACACCUCACCCCAGUGUUGUGGAUAAUUGAGAGUUGCCUGCAUUGUGCAUGCGAGUGUGCCUUGCCAACGGUGAGCCGGCGACUUGGCCACAAAGACUUGACGUGUUGGUGUAGAAAUAAACGCUUCUCUCCGUCUCAG